AUCGUUUUAUUUUUGACCAAACCGCGCCUGGAGGUAGUGAUCGAGUGUUGGUCGUUGCAACAUUUGCUCUACAUACGAAUAUUUUCGAUAGCCUUGAACAUUUUUCUUUUCGCAAAGCCGUGAAGGAUAUAAUCGGCAGAUAAACAUACCAACGUGGACAAAGAAAGUGAUCAACAGUCGAGAGUAGUGCCACUCUGCGAACGGUUCGUAGUUCAAAAAAGCAGUAUCUAGAAUCGUGCCAGGAAAUAACUAAGAAAUGAAAUACACCAAGGCCAUCAGUCCGCCAGAUGACUACGUGUUUUCCUUCUCGGAUGAGCUGCGCAAGUUGGCUGAGGAUGAGCUGGGCGAAACGGAUGACCGGCGAGAGCACGCUUUGAAGAUUCUUCGCGAAUGGGCCGAGAAGAAUCCUCGCAUUGCCAAAAUCCGAAUGGAUUCCGUGUUUUUGCUGAAAUUCUUACGAGCUAAAAAGUUUUGCAUACCGGUUGUGCAGGAGAACAUAGAGCGGUAUAUUUUGCUGAAACACGCGAAGGACGAAUUACUUUUCAAAAAUCUGGACUGUCAUCAACCGAGUCUGUCGAAGCUGCUAAAUCUGGGGUUUAUGUUUGCACUGCCGCAGCGCGACAAGAAUGGGCGGAGAGUGAUCUUUUAUCGGCCUGGAGUGUUCGACAUGAACGAAUUCAUCAACGCCGAUAUGCUUAGAUUGGCUGGCAUUUGUGUGGAAACUCUAAUGGCCGAUGAGGAAAACCAAAUACGCGGAGUGGUUCAUGCUGGCGUUGGAACAGGAAUUGGAUUGCAAUAUUUGACCCUAUUCACGAUCAAAGAGGCGGUUAGGCUGGCUAAAAAUGGUGAGCGUCUGGUUCCCAUGAGACAUCGGGAAAUGCACGGUUGCAAUAUCAAUCCGGCGCUGAAAAUUGCCGUCGACUGGGGACUUUCGUUAAUAUCGGAAAAACUCAGAAAUCGUGUUCGGCUUUACACGGACAUAAAGGAUAUUCAGAUGGAUAAAAGUCUACUACCAAAAGAGUACGGUGGGGUUAUGCCGAUAGCGGAAAUGAUUCGCUUAUGGCGGGAUGAGGUGGAGGCGUACCGAGCGACACUGCUGAAAGACGACGAGAUGUCGGUCCAUCUGCAUAUGUACUCGGACGCGGCACGUAACGGUUCGAUACGGUCAUUGAAGCAGAACCUGAAUGCUUGUUCAGUUGACAGCGCGGAUAACAGCACCUACGGUUUAGCGGGAAGCUUUCGAAAGCUGGAGGUCGAUUGAUGGGCACUUGCUAGAUAAUUCGACUUAAUUUCGCUCUCUCGCUCCCGUUAGCAAUUAAUGUAAUAUGUAGAAUUUUUACACGAACAGAUCUUAAUAAGCCUAAUAAAUAUUGAAGUUAAUUCUGAAUUACAUAUCUGGAGGUGCAACCUUUAUUAAAUACAUAUAAAAAUAGCCUGUAGAAUCG